UUAUGGGUAUCCUACAGGAUGACGUCACUAUCUGAGACAGACUUGUAUGUGUCAGUUCCUAAAGUUUCUGUUCUUGAUAUCCGUCCUAACACGAAGCCUGAAAUGCGAUUGAUGCUCGGCUCAUCAGUCGAUGCUUCCAAGCAAGCUUCCUCUGGAUCUUUUCCCUUUUCUCUGAAUAAGGGAAGCUUUAAGCGAGUCAACUCUAGGGCUGAUCUUGAUUUUGACGCACCAUGUUCAACAAUGUUGCUGAUGGAUUAUAGAUGGCGAGCAUCCUCUCAGUCAUGUGUUUUGCGGGUUCAACAACCUCGUAUCCUAGCUGUUCCUGACUUCCUUCUUGCGGUUGGUGAAUUUUUUGUUCCAGCUUUGCGUGCAAUAACAGGAAGAGACGAAACAUUAGAUCCAACAAAUGAUCCAAUCACCCGAAGUCGUGGCAUAAUUCUCUCUGAGCCUCUCUAUAAACAAACGGAAGAUGUUGUGUACUUGUCUCCUUGUAGACAGUUAGUAGCAGACUCAUUAGGCAUUGAUGAGUAUACUUAUGACGGAUGCGGAAAGGUAAUAUCUUUGAGUGAGCAAGGAGAGAAGAAUUUAAACAUAGGAAGAUUAGAACCCAUCAUAAUCGUUGGACAUGGAAAGAAGUUGCGGUUCAUCAAUGUGAAAAUUAAGAAUGGACCGCUUCUGAGCAAGUGCAUUUACUUGAGUAACGAUAGUAGCUGUUUAUUUUCUCCGGAAGAUGGUGUUGACAUCUCAAUGUUAGAAAACGCCUCAUCAAAUCCUGAGAAUGUGCUUAGCCAUGUGCACAAAUCAUCAGAUGUUUCAGACGCUUGUCAAUAUGAUUCGAAGUCUGGUCAGAGUUAUACCUUUGAAGCUCAGGUUGUUUCUCCUGAGUUCACCUUCUUUGAUGGUACAAAAUCAUCUCUGGAUGACUCCACUGCUGUAGAAAAGCUUUUGCGAGUUAAAUUGGAUUUUAAUUUUAUGUAUGCCUCAAAAGAAAAUGACAUCUGGGUUCGAGCUUUGCUGAAGAACCUGGUGGUUGAAACUGGUUCUGGUCUUAUCAUUCUUGAUCCAGUUGAUAUCUCCGGGGGAUACACUUCUGUCAAAGAGAAAACAAAUAUGUCCUUAACCUCCACUGACAUAUACAUGCACCUUUCUUUGAGUGCUCUUUCUCUCCUACUGAACCUGCAGAGCCAAGUAACUGGGGCUUUACAAUCUGGAAAUGCUAUUCCUUUAGCUUCAUGCACCAACUUCCACAGGAUUUGGGUUUCACCGAAAGAAAAUGGACCGAGGAACAACCUCACAAUUUGGAGACCGCAGGCUCCUUCAAACUAUGUCAUAUUGGGAGACUGUGUGACGUCAAGGGCAAUUCCUCCUACACAAGCUGUAAUGGCAGUAAGUAAUACAUACGGGCGUGUGAGGAAGCCAAUUGGGUUUAAUUGUAUUGGCCUGUUCUCUGUUAUUCAAGGUUUAGAAGGGGCUAAUGUUCCACAUUCCCGUGAUAGCAAUGAGUGUUCCCUCUGGAUGCCUGUAGCUCCUGCAGGAUACACUGCUAUGGGUUGUGUUGCAAAUUUAGGAAGUGAGCCACCAGCUGAUCACAUUGUUUAUUGUCUGAGGUCUGACCUUGUAUCUUCCAGCAGUUUCUCUGAGUGCAUAUACACUGUGCCCUCCAGUUCAUUAUUUGAGUCUGGAUUGAGCAUGUGGCGUGCUGAUAAUGUUCUUGGAUCAUUCUAUGCUCACACUUCAACUGCAGAACCUUCUAGACAAUAUAGCCCUGGCCUCAGUCAUUGUCUUCUUUGGAAUCCCCUUCAGUCGAAGACAUCUCCAUUAUCUGACCAAUCAUCGACAAGUGGAUCUCAGAGCGAGCAAACAAGCGACCAGACUGGAAGUUCAUCGGGAUGGGACAUUCUCAGGUCAAUUUCUAAGGCAACUAGUUAUCAUGUUUCAACGCCUAACUUUGAGAGAAUCUGGUGGGACAAGGGUGGUGAUCUUCGUAGACCUGUCUCAAUAUGGAGGCCUGUACCACGUCCUGGAUUUGCAAUAUUGGGUGAUAGCAUAACUGAAGGAUUGGAGCCACCUGCACUUGGUAUACUCUUCAAAGCAGAUGACUCUGAGAUUGCUGCAAAACCUGUGCAGUUCACUAAAGUCGCACAUAUUGUGGGGAAAGGUUUUGAUGAAGUUUUUUGCUGGUUUCCUGUUGCACCUCCUGGUUAUGUUUCUCUAGGAUGUGUUCUCUCUAAAUUUGAUGAGGCACCACGUGUGGAUUCGUUUUGUUGUCCACGGAUUGAUCUUGUUAACCAGGCCAACAUAUAUGAAGCCUCUGUCACGAGAUCUUCAAGUUCAAAGUCUUCUCAAUGCUGGAGCAUUUGGAAAGUUGACAAUCAGGCAUGCACUUUUCUUGCGCGUGCUGAUCUUAAAAGGCCUCCAAGUCGGUUGGCUUUCGCUGUCGGUGAAUCGGUGAAGCCGAAGACACAGGAUAAUGUAAAUGCAGAAAUUAAGCUGAGAUGCUUCUCCAUGACACUUCUAGAUGGUUUACAUGGAAUGAUGACUCCUCUCUUUGACACAACUGUCACCAAUAUCAAACUAGCAACUCAUGGUCGUCCUGAGGCCAUGAAUGCAGUACUCAUUUCAUCAAUCGCUGCUUCAACAUUUAACCCGCAGUUGGAAGCAUGGGAGCCGCUUAUAGAGCCAUUUGAUGGAAUAUUCAAGUUGGAAACAUAUGAUACUGCUUUGAACCAAUCAUCAAAGCCAGGAAAACGACUGCGAAUUGCUGCUACUAACAUUUUGAACAUAAAUGUUAGUGCUGCAAACCUUGAAACUCUUGGCGAUGCUGUUGUGUCUUGGAGAAGGCAAUUAGAACUUGAAGAAAGAGCGGCCAAAAUGAAAGAAGAAUCCGCCGUCUCUCGUGAGAGUGGGGUUCUUUCAGCUUUUUCAGCUCUUGACGAAGAUGAUUUUCAGACCAUUGUGGUAGAGAAUAAACUCGGCCGUGACAUAUAUCUGAAAAAGUUGGAGGAGAACUCAGAUGUAGUUGUAAAAUUGUGUCACGACGAAAACACUUCUGUCUGGGUUCCACCGCCAAGGUUCUCCAAUAGGUUAAAUGUUGCAGACAGUUCUAGAGAAGCACGCAAUUACAUGACUGUACAGAUUCUUGAGGCUAAGGGUUUACAUAUCAUUGAUGAUGGUAAUAGUCACAAUUUCUUUUGCACCCUACGCCUCGUUGUUGAUAGUCAGGGUGCAGAACCACAAAAACUUUUUCCUCAAAGUGCUAGGACAAAGUGCGUGAAGCCUUCAACUACAAUUGUCAACGACUUGAUGGAGUGCACUUCCAAGUGGAAUGAACUUUUUAUUUUUGAAAUUCCUAGGAAGGGAUUGGCCAGGUUGGAGGUUGAGGUAACAAACCUUGCUGCGAAAGCUGGAAAAGGUUCCAUCCUAUUAUUUCUUAGAUCUUUUUUCUUUGACCUGUUCAACUAUCCUCUACGUGUGUGUGGUUUUUUUCUUUUUGAGACUGAAUUUGCAUUGUUUAUUUUUCGUGCCCUUGGAUUGUCUGAUUGUCCACACCAGAUAGAUGAAUAA